AUGACAGAAGAAGUAAUCAAGCAACUUCUAACACGAAGACAAUUAUUCACUCAAAACUUGGAAUACGACGAAAGUUAUGUUCUUUUAUUCACAAUAGCCUCUGCCAUGAUCUGGAUCAUGGUGCCAGGGCUCGCUUUCCUUUACAGCGGGUUAGCCAGAAGGAAAAGUGCAUUAUCAAUGAUUUGGAUCGUUAUAAUGUCGAGUUUUAUCGGCAUCUUCCAAUGGUAUUUCUGGGGAUACUCUCUCGCGUUUAGCGACAAGAGCACAAACCCAUUCAUUGGAGACUUGCAUUUCUUUGGAUUCAAAAACUUGUUGGGUGCAUCAAGCGACGAUCUGGACUUUCCACAAUUGGCAUUUGCCAUUUUCCAAUUGCAGUUCCUCUUGGUGACAUUGGCCAUCUUGGCAGGUGGAUGUAUUGGAGAAAGAGGCCGUUUCUUACCAGCAAUGGUGUUUCUCUUUUGCUGGGCCACCAUAGUCUAUUGUCCCGUGGUUUAUUGGAUCUGGGGCGGUGGAUGGGCCAUGAACUACAAAUCUGGUGCAUUGGACUAUGCAGGCGGAGGUCCAGUUGAGAUCCUUUCUGGUGUUUCUGCAUUUGUCUACUCGGCAUUUUUGGGAAGAAGAAAUGAAACAUUGAUGAUUAACUAUCGUCCACAUAAUAUCUCAACUGUGUUUUUGGGUACGGCAUUGCUCUAUGUUGGAUGGUUGUUUUUCAAUGGUUUCUCGUGCGCCAAUCCUAGUGUCAAGGUUGCUUAUUCAAUGAUGAACACCCACUUGUGUGGCGCUUUUGGUGCUAUUUCAUGGUGCUUGCUUGAUUUCAGAUUGGAAAACAAAUGGUCCAUGGUAGCUGUUUGUUCUGGAUGCAUUUCCGGUUUAGUGGCAGCUACUCCGAGCUCAGGUAUGAUCCCAUUGUGGGCAAGUGUUAUUUUGGGGGUUGUUGCUGGUAUAGUGUGUAACUUGUCAACCAAGAUCAAGUAUCUUUGCCAUGUCGAUGAUUCCUUGGAUGUCUGGGCAGAGCACGGUGUUGCUGGUGUUAUUGGCUUAUUGUUUAAUGCAUUAUUUGGCUCAGCCACCGUUAUUGGCUACGAUGGAGUGACUACUCAUGAAGGUGGUUGGAUCGAUCACAAUUGGAAACAAUUGUAUAUACAAAUCGCCUAUAUCUUGGCCACUUUUGCCUAUGCUGGAGUUGUUACUGCUAUCUUGUGCUUUGUCAUAAACAAGAUCCCUGGCUUGCACUUGCGUGUUGAUUACAAUGGAGAAGAAAUGGGUGUCGAUGAAGACCAAAUUGGUGAGUUUGCUUAUGAUUACGUUGAAGUGAGGAGAGAUUUCCUUGAUUGGGGAACGCCGCAAGAUCGCGAAAAAGAAUUGGAAAAAAUCCACGCCUAUGUCAAGGAACCAUAUGAUGAACACAAUCUUGGAGUAAGAGGAAGCGAAAACGAAAAUGACAUUAUCAAUAGCAACAACAACAACAACAACAUCAACAACAACAGCAAUAACUUUAAAAACAACAAUAGCAAGAUGCAAGCCCCAGAGAUUAUUAAUGGAAUUGGUGGAUCUUUGGAGAAUGACGAUACUUCGGGCACAAUGAGUGACGAAAAGAUCCAGCCGAGACAUUUAGCAACUGAAGAUCAUCUACAACAUCAAAUACCUAUUCACAGUCAAAAUCCAAGUCGAAGUCAGAGUGUUGCUCGAACAGAGGAUCUCGAGCCGAGACCAUACCUAGCCGAGUAA